UAAAAAUAUACAAAGCAACCAAAGCUUGGUGGUUGAAGAAAUUUGUCCAAAAAUAAACAUUAAACAAAUUCAGUCGUGGCUAUCGUAACGAUGCGUUUUACGUUAAAAAAACAUGUCCGGAAGUUUGAAAGAUAAGUUGAAAAGGAAUAGAGUUUUUUACGUGAGAAAACUGCUGAAUACUGUCAUUGAUGUUUGUGUUUUGAGUUAAAUGAUCGUUAAAAUUAUCCCUGUAAAAUAUGGAAAGAGCGGAAUCACUGAAUUAUGAUGAGAAUCUCUUACUUCGUCAAACUCAAACUGAACUUCUUGAGAAACUAAAUCGACUUCAACAAUGGCGUCAAAAACAAGAAGAAUGUUUGUUAUUGGACAAGGAAAAGCAGUUGAAUCUCCUUCGUGAUAAGGAAAGAAGACUGCAUGCCGUACAAACGUAUCAAAGAAAAAUACUGCAAAAUAAUAAUUUUAUGUUAAGAAAAACUAAUGAAUCUUCUUCAAUCAUAAAUAUUCCCACCAUUCCAAGUCAGUUGGUGCCAUCACCACAGAUUAGAUCUCCAACAGAUGGUCUUAGUAAGGAUUCUGUUUACAUUGAAAUGGCAAAUUCACCAACUAAAAAUGUAUUGUUGCCUCCUCAACUCUUUGAUAAGUCAUCUCCUGUCUGGCCCAAAAAUCAGAUGUUACUCACUCAGAAAGAACUGUUGCAACCAGCUAGUGAUGAUGACCUAUCACAGUGUACAGAGUCUGAGGUUGGCAGUGUUGGUAAAAUAGAGGGUGUACACCCUAUUUCGGACACAGCAUCAGAUGCGUCUGAUGGCAAUGAUGUUGAAGACUGGCAAAGACCUAUACUUCAUUACAAUAUUAGUAAUCGCUACAAUAAUGAUGAAGUUAUUGGCAAUAAUAAUCAAUCCAUUGGUGAAGAUAGUGGGUCAAUUGGAGAUUCAACUCAUUCUGUAGAUGAUGACAAUCAAUGUGCUGGUGAUAUCAUUUUAUUAAAUGGUGAUAAAGAUCAAAUUACUCGCAGUCAUAUACAAUGUGCUGGUGAUGAUCAAUCUAAACCAUUUGUUAAUGGAUCUCUUGGUGAUAAUUUUGAUGUCAUGGAGGUGGAUGAUGAAAAAUGUUAUUCUGUUGGCACUAAUAGUCAUAAUGACAAUAAUCAUGGUAUCAGUUACAAUUACAAUACCAAUUUUGAGAUGUUGCAAAACCAUUCUAUUCAAAUGAAACAUACUCCUUUUGAUGACAUCCCUAUUAAACCAGGGUUAGGUGAACAAGUCAAGACAUUUGAAGAGCUAUUGAGUCAAAAGCUAGUGCUAGAGAAAGAAGACGUGGUGGAGACGGAAUCGACACGGUGCGUUGAAGCUUCAAGCGUUCCGGCAAAACGAUCAUUUCUUAAAAAGGGGGAAGGAAUUGCAAGAUUUGGAAUGAAACCUAAACAAACACUAAAUCAAAAGAAAGGAAAAGAAUUACAGAGGAAAAAUAAGAAACGUAAAAUUUGUCACGCUCUCCCUGAACAAAAUCAACAACAAGAAGUCUUCCAACAACAACAACAACAACAACAACAACAAAACAACAACAAACAACAACAACAACAACAACAACAACAACAAAACAACAAAAAACAACAAACAACAAAUAAACAAUAAAUAAAUAAAUAACAA